AUGUCAACAUCAUCAGUAUCUGACGGAAUUCUCAAAUUUGCUACACAAUUUUCGUUUUAUAGUGGUUUUAUUACAUUUGGUUUUGGAGUUGUUGGUAAUGUGUUAAAUCUUCUUGUUUUUAUUCAAUUGAAAUUAUUUCGAACCAAUCGAUGCGCCUUUUAUAUAACCAUUGAAUCAAUUUCUAACUUAAUUUAUCAGUUUUUAUCUAUUAGUUUAACUAUUUUAACAGCAAUAUAUGGAGAUGAUGCAACAGGACGUUCUUCGAUUUGGUGUAAAUUCAGAUACAUAUUAGCACAAAUAUGCGCGUUCACUACUUUUUAUAUGAUAUGUUUUUCUGCUGUUGAUCAGUUCUUUUCAACAAAUCAUCAUUUCAGUUUAAGACAAAUGUGCACAUUGAGAUUAGGUCGAUAUUUUGCGUUUAUAUUCAUUUGUUUUGCGAUCGUCCAUAGCAUUGCACUUGGCUCUUCUUACGAUGUUCAACCAACACUAGGAUGUACCAUAACGAAUUAUGUAGCAGUUGAGUACUCGACAUUUUUCUUUUAUCCAGUUUUAGGUGGUUUCUUACCUAUUGUGAUUGCAUCAACAUUUAGUAUGUUAGCUUAUCGUAAUGUUCGUCAUAUAGUUCGACGACAAUUACCAAUUGUUCGUCGUAAACUAGACAAACAAAUAACAGCAAUGGUUCUUAUGCGUGUAAUAGUCUUUGUUUGUUUGGUAUUGCCUUAUAAUGCUUAUCGUAUCUAUGUCAUUAAUUUUCCUACAUCACGAAGUGUGCCUAUGGCAUAUGCAGUUGGUCGAUUGAUUCAAGCAAUUUUUAGUUCUAUCAGCAAUAUAAAUUUUCUUAUCAACUUUUAUAUUUUUAUAAUAUCCUCAUCACGUUUUCGUCGUCAAGUGAAACUUGUUCUGGUAAAAAAAUGUUGGGAACGAUGGAAAUAUUGGUGUUGCUUCAUAAAUAAUCGGAUUGAAGCUGACAGUAAUACUGAACCACGCAAUUCACAAAUAGAAUCUGUUGAAAACAUCUAA